UGAAAAUUGAUGAUGUUUUUUGUGUUUAAAUUUAUUGUAUUUUGCAAGUAAAUCGAACCUUAAGUCAUCGUGUAUUCCCUAGAAAAAAGUAGAGGAACGAAAAAAAUAACUUUUCAAAAUGGGUGCUUCAGAAUGGGAUGUUCUUCGAAAACAAGCUCGGAAGCUGGAGAAUGACAUCGAUAUGAAAUUGGUGGCAUAUAGUAAAAUUGGAACAUCGACAAUGCCCAGCACAUCGGCCGACACAGCGCCACUUUUAAGCGAACACGUAUUCGAUUCACUGUCGAUGGAAAUUGAACAAAUGCUCGACAAACUAUCGGAAAUAAAUGAUAAAAUGUCUGAGAUUCCACUAACCGCCGACUCAUACAUGAUACACACAUUGCAACGUCAUCGUGAAAUUUUUAAUGGCUACAAACAAGAGUUUAGUAAAAUUCAAGCAAAUCACACGACACGAUUGGAGCGUGAAGAACUAUUACGUGGAUCCGGUAUUUCAAUGGGCAGCGGGCUGAGUCGACGCGAUAUGUACUUGAAGGAAAGCACACAUUUGCAUGGAUCACAUGGCCUUGUAAGCGAUCAAAUCAGCAUCGCAAUGGAAACAAAGGAGCAUUUAUUAUCGCAACGUCAACAAUUUAAACGAUUUCAAACGCGCUUGAACGAUAUGUCAAAUCGAUUCCCAUUGAUAUCAAGCUUAAUUCAAAAGAUUAAUAUCCGAAAACGACGGGAUUCCUUCAUUUUGGGCAUAGUUAUGGCCAUUUGCACAUUUUUAUUAAUCCUAUAUGCAUUCAAUUAAUAGUUAUAGCAUUGGAAUUGAACUCUUUUUUUUAUCUAUACGUCAAGCAUGAAAUUUUCAUUUGAUACGAUUGAUUAUCAAUAUCGUUAAAUCUGUAGGGUUGCAAUGUUAUUAAAGUAAAGAGGAAAAUCUUAGAGAGCAUUUUAUGAAACGAAAGAGAUAUCAUUAUAUACAUAUAUAAAGAAUGUAAAUAAAUUGAGCGCAUAAUCUUUUAUAAUAUCGUCAAGCAAAAAUAAAAAUUUAUUUCAU